ACUUCCUCAGACUUUUCAGGCCAUUUUUAAGUUUUCUGGAUAAUGAGCAGCAUAGCUUGGUUCAAGGGGAUUUCUGGAGAAAGACGAUAGUUCAGAUACAGAGAUUUAAUACUGACAUAACAGGUUAUAUGUCAAGAGUGCUAAAGAACUACAGUGACCAUGCCUGUGAUGGAGAAUAUGUCUCCCUGAGAUGUCCUCAUAGAACCACCAUCAGCAUCCAGUCUUCCUUUUAUGGCCGCAUUGUGCCAAGUCAUCAGAUGUGUCCCUCCCGAUACCUACAGUCCUAUGCAACUUUAAUUAAGGAAGAUGUUGCCUGUUCAGUUGGUACUUCCCUUCAGAAAAUGCUGGAUGAGUGCCAGGACAGACGAAGCUGCCAGUUCCUUGUCAAUAGCCGGCUGUUUGGUCUAGAUCCAUGCCCUGGAACCGGCAAAUAUCUCAUCGUUUGGUACAAGUGCAGGCCAAAUGAGUACAAGAGUAAAGUAGCCUGUGAAGAUGACAAGCUGAGGCUGAGCUGUAAGAAGAACAUGGUGAUAGCCAUUUACUCCGCCAUUUUCGGAAGAACUAAAGGCAGUAGCCUAGAAUGCCCGUACCAGAAUUUAGGGAUGCCUACGAUAGUUUCCCUUUCAGAGUGUCAGUCAGCCACGGCGCUCCAGCUCAUGACCAGGCGCUGCCAUGGGAAAAGAAGCUGCAGCGUGUAUGCCAGCACCUAUGAAUUUGGUGAUCCUUGUUACCCAGGCGUCCACAAGCACCUCAAUGUUAUCUACACCUGCGUUCCCAGGAAGCUUCUGCAUGAAACCCAGCCAAACCCAACCAACUACCAAGGAAUUCAGCAACCACAUUUUCCACACCAGCCAAGAGUGUACGAUCCUAAUGUUAUAGGAGACGGCGUGUUCUUUUCCGAUGUCUCGCCUUCCAUUAUAGAGCGCAUUCUGCCAGAGAAGAAGAAAGAGAGGGCUGCUACCUUUUACCCACUAGGCAACACCGCCUUGCUGCUUCCUGUGGAUGAGACUCAGUGGCUAGUGGCUAACAGCAGCAUGGAGCCUGUAAGUGUUAGCACAGAGAUGGCCUUGCUCAGCAACAUCCUAGCAGCAUAUUCCUUCAUCACAGAAAAUCCGGAGCGUGCUGCGCUGUACUUCGUCUCUGGCGUGUGCAUUGGACUCGUCUUGACCCUGUUGGCCUUGGUGCUGAAGGUGUCCUGCCGAACUGACUGCAAACAUUCCCCAGGGAAAAAGCCUCCUCGGGAGCCAGAGAGCGACAGCGACAGCAGCGACAGCGACGACGAUUCGGACACCACCUCGGACCUGUCGGCCCGCAGGCAUCGCAGGUUCGAAAGAACUUUGAACAUGAACGUCUUCACCUCCGCUGAGGAGCUGGAGAGGGCGCAGAGGCUAGAAGAGCGGGAGCGCAUCAUCCGGGAGAUAUGGAUGAAUGGACAGCCGGACAUCCCAGGGACCAGAAGCCUGAAUCGCUACUACUAAAAGUGUUGGGAAAUCCCACUGUUCGGUACUGCAGCCUAGGUCUUCCUGGGCCUGCUAAAGAAGAGGGGGAGGAAAGGAGUGUUACAUUGGAGUCUCCCCUUUUCCUUUCAGAAGGGCUAAAUGGAGCACUGUGUAUGGACAGCAAUAAAGCUUUCCCCUUCCCUUUUCCCCUGACAUAUUGCUACCGACACCAGGAAAAACACCCCCCAGUAUUUUCUCUUUGGAAUCAGUCUGGUUAUAGCAGAGGUGGAUGCCAGCUUCUCUUCUUGGCGUACAGUGGGUGGGAGGCACACAGUUCAGGCCCUCCCUCUCAUUCUGGAAGUUGAACGUGCUACGGUACAAAUGCUGCUCUCAUGCAUGGCUGGGAAACUAUCAGUGUUCUGCUUUCCCCAAAGAUUUCAGGAGCAUCGUAUGCAAACGGAGGCUCUGUGUCCAUUAGAGGCUAAUGUGGGGUGGGAGGGGUGAGAGGCACAAGCUCAUGAUGCGUGACUGUCUUGUGACUUUGGAAGCCACGAGAUUAACCUAGUUAAAAAUAAUUUUAUAAGAUGUGGGGAUUCUUAUACCAAGAAAUCAUCUUGGUGCUUGGACAGUCAACAGUGUAUCUUGUUAUUUAAGAUGGCGUUUUAAUCGUGCUUUUUUGUGGCAGCAUUUUUUUUUACUGACACCUCAGGGAUAAAAUCCUAUUUUUUAGUACGUUUCCCCAUCUCCUUCCCCACAAACAAACCUGCUACCAACAAUGAAAUUAUGGUAUUAUAGGAGAUGUGUCAGUGAUCAGUGAAAUGUUAAACAGCCUCAAAGAGGUUGAAAAGGGUUUUGUUUGUUUUGAGUUUAUAUAUAUAUAUAUAUAUAUUUGAAGAGGCUGCACAGCAAUGUGCCUUAUUCUUUUUUGUUGUUAAACUACAGUUUUCCAUGGAUAGUGAUGCACAAUGUUUUAUAUAUUUUAUUAAAAAAA